CUGCCCGGCGGGGGCGCAUGGCCGCGGCGCUGCGCAACGCCCGCCGCUUCCCCCCGAGGCUGCUGCCGGCGGUGUCGGGCCGGGCCCGGCGCGGCUCCGCGGGAGCGGCCAUGGAGCAGCCCCCACGCGGCCCCGAGCGCGGCGGGGGCUGGUUGGGCGCGCUGCGCUUCGACAACCUGGCACUGCGCUCGCUGCCCGUGGACGCCUCGGAGGAGGGCGGCCCGCGGGCCGUGCCCGGCGCCUGCUUCGCGCGGGUGCGGCCCAGCCCGCUGCACAACCCGCGGCUCGUGGCCAUGUCGCUGCCGGCGCUGGCGCUGCUGGGGCUGGAGGCUCCCGCGGCCGACCCGGAGGCGGCGGAGGCCGAGGCCGCGCUGUACUUCAGCGGGAACCGGGUGCUGGCGGGCGCGGAGCCCGCGGCGCACUGUUACUGCGGGCACCAGUUCGGCAGCUUCGCGGGGCAGCUCGGCGACGGCGCCGCCAUGUACCUGGGCGAGGUGCUGGGCCCGCGGGGCGAGCGCUGGGAGAUCCAGCUCAAGGGCGCCGGCAUCACCCCCUUUUCCCGACAAGCUGAUGGUCGGAAAGUCCUGCGGUCGAGCAUACGGGAGUUCCUGUGCAGCGAGGCGAUGUUUCACCUGGGAAUACCAACAACAAGGGCUGGGACAUGUGUGACGUCUGACUCAAAAGUCGUCCGUGACGUAUUUUAUGAUGGGAAUCCAAAAAAUGAGAGAUGUACAGUUGUUCUGAGAAUAGCCUCCACAUUUUUAAGAUUUGGUUCGUUUGAAAUUUUUAAACCUCCUGAUGAAUACACUGGACGCAAGGGUCCCAGUGUUAACCGAAAUGAUAUUCGAAUACAGAUGCUUGAUUAUGUGAUCCGCACUUUCUACCCAGAAAUCCAGGAGGCUUAUUCAGAUAACAGUAUUCAGAGGAAUGCUGCUUUCUUCAAAGAGAUAACCAAACGAACCGCGAGAUUGGUGGCUGAGUGGCAGUGUGUUGGGUUUUGCCAUGGUGUGCUGAACACAGACAACAUGAGCAUCGUUGGACUGACCAUUGACUAUGGCCCUUUUGGAUUCAUGGACAGGUAUGACCCUGAGCACAUUUGCAAUGGUUCUGAUAAUACAGGGCGCUAUGCUUACAACAAACAGCCAGAGGUUUGCAAGUGGAACCUGGGGAAACUUGCUGAAGCUCUAGUUCCAGAGCUGCCUUUGGAAAUAAGUGAACUCAUCCUGGAAGAGGAAUAUGAUGCAGAAUUUGAGAAACAUUAUUUGCAGAAGAUGAGGAAAAAACUAGGCCUAAUCCAGCUGGAAUUAGAAGAAGAUAGUAAGCUAGUAUCUGAACUCCUUGAAACCAUGCAUCUCACAGGUGGAGACUUCACAAAUAUUUUCUACUUGCUGGGUUCAUUCUCAGUGGACACUGAUCCUUCAAAAUUUGAAGAUUUCUUAGAAGAGCUGACAAAUCAAUGUGCUUCUGUGGAAGAAUUGAAAGUUGCUUUCAAACCACAGAUGGACCCAAGACAACUGUCAAUGAUGCUGAUGUUGGCUCAGUCUAAUCCACAGCUGUUUGCAUUAAUUGGAACAAAAGCUAAUAUAAAUAAAGAAUUAGAACGCAUUGAACAAUUCUCUAAACUGCAGCAGUUAACAGCUGCUGAUUUACUCAGCAGAAAUAAAAGACACUGGAAGGAAUGGCUGGAGAAAUACAGAGUCCGUUUGCAAAAAGAAAUAGAAAGUGUUGGUGAUGCUGAUGCCUGGAACACUGAUCAUGUGAAGGUCAUGAAUUCAAACAAUCCAAAAUAUAUCUUAAGAAAUUAUAUUGCCCAGAAUGCCAUAGAAGCAGCUGAAAAUGGGGAUUUCUCAGAGGUAAGAAAUGUACUGAAACUUUUAGAGCAUCCAUUCCAAGAAGCAGAAGGUUUCAGGGAGGUAAAGGAAGAUGCAGAAGAGGAGGGAGCAACUGCCACAGCAGCUGCUUGUGCUGAAGAGACCAGAAGCAGACUACCAUAUUGCAGCAAACCUCCACUUUGGGCUUCAGAGCUAUGUGUUACAUGAUCUUCAUAACUGCCUUGUUUUGUUUUUUGCUGUAAACUGAAGACUCUGAUCCUCCUUCAGCAGUGAAGAAUUCAGCAAGGCAAAUAUCAAAGUGCUAUUAAGUUAUUGAAGCAACCCUACAUUUGGAUGCAUCUGCAGCACUCUUCAUCUGUCCUUAGUUGGAAGCAAUUGUUGAUCAGUGGAACAAACCAAUGACAAUUAACAGUUCCUAUACAUCAGUAGUCUCGGUGUUUUGCGGCUGAAAGUAUUUCCUUUAUCCAUACUACAUCACAAGUGUAAAGCAAUAUUUUAUGCUGAGGCAGGCUGAAUUUUGAACAUCCAAAUGCAGUUGUUGUUAUGUGAAGACAAAAAUAGCAAGACAGGAAUCUGAUCUGUUUUUGUCCGAUGUCUUAACUAAUAGUACUUCUAAUAUUUAUUUACUGCUUUCUCUAUGCAGGAACUUUUAGUCUUCUUUAUUGGAGGAACAAAUUCAGUGUUGCUUAUUUGAAGCUAUGUUUCAUUUAAUUAAGUAGUUCAUUUCUUGUGAACCUUCAGAUUGGUAUUUAAUCAUUAUCUAUUUUCAGAGAGUUUGUGCAGGGCAGGCUCAAGUUUGGAGGGAGGAAUCGAAUUUUUUUUAAGACCAGAAUUAAGGGAGUUUAUAUACAUUUGCACUUGAAAACUUGGUGGUGAAGUUUAUUCAGGCUCAGGAUGUUGCAUACAACAUGUGUAAAUAUUUACUAAAUUCAUGAGUGCAGUUUGUAAGCCAGUUGCCUCGGGCAGGAUCCAUUAGCCAAAUCAGUGAACCUUAAACUACCCCAGCACUCAAAUCCAGGUUCACUGUGUAUUUUUUUCUGUGCUUCUAAGUCUCGCUGUAUGAGAAGCGUGUAUGUGGGGUGCCUGCUCAUCACACUGGUCAGUGGGGUUGUUCCAUUCCCAGUCUGGUCUUGCACCAUUUAGUUUACUUACAUGGUCUUUGAAAAAUCUUGAAGUUGCCAUUCAGAAAUGUGCUAUUUGAGCUUGUGUGAAAGAUGAUGGAGGAUGUGGGAGGAGAACAGGAGCUGACUUGCUUGCAAGUUACUUAUUGGUAACAUUUCUGUUGAGGUUUCAGGGGAAAGUUGGUUGCCAUUAUUGCCACAUUAGCAAAAGAGAGUUGUUCUGUAAUUAGUUGUUACUUAGCUUUCUGAACUUCUUUCUAAAAGACUGUUACUGGUUCAGAUACCUGCAAAGUUUGCUUUAAUGCAAAGGCUUCUCUUUUCCAAAGAGACCACUGUCUUACACUGUGAUUUAUGUGUACUCAAGUAAAUUCUUCCACUACCCCUGUGCAAGCUUGGUAUUAGCUCAGGUAGAAUUGUGCUCUUUUAAGUCUUCCUCUGUACAAGCUGUUGAAAAACAGGAAGAACAGUUGGACUGCUGCUUAUCUGUCUGUACUAAUAAUCAGUUUGUCCUCCUUAGUGCUGCAGUACACAGACUAUGUUUUGAAUGUAAACAUUCACUCUGUCCUGCCUUCAAGCUGAAGAAACUGAUUUAUGACAAACUAGAAUCUCUGACAAGUACAGCACUUUCUGUGAGGUUUUGGAGUUCUUGCAGAAAAGGACAAAAUAAAGGUGUGUUUACAUAGCCCAUGGAAGAAUGGUGCAGUUGAAAGAGGAAGCACCUCGAAGAAGUAGGCAGCAAGUAAUGCCAGCCAGUGCAGCUGAUCAUCUUCUAGGAAUAAUCCAUUUUUGUGGGAGUUUGAGACUUUUAUUGAGGAUUAGCUUUCCUCUAAACUUGGGGUACUGGAAUCAAACUAUUUAAUGGAAACUUCUUAGCAGAAAGUGAGGGCUGGGUAAAAAGGACUGCACCAGAGAGGGAAAGCAUGCCAGCAGUUUGAAAGAGGCUUCAAACAUUUCCCUGUGGAAUCAGUGGUCUCUUACAGGGUGCCUGGUCCAGAAGGGGAGUAAUGGAGUGGGGAGAAGUUGCUCCAAGCUGAUUGACAUAACUGUGCUGAUUUUGCUUCUCAAUUUACAUCCUUUCUUGUGGGAAGCAAAGGGAAACAGAGUUUUAGAGGAACUCUGUCCAAGCUUUUGGCUUAACAGAAUGGUCUAACAUGUAAUGAUUCUUAACCAUAUCUAAGGGAUCAAGUCUUUUUAAUGGCAUCCUGAUAAUAAUUUAGGGACAUUGAGUAGAUCUGUAUUACUGGCGGUAUGGAGAGGGAGAACAAUAUUAUAAUUCUGUGUUUGAACAUAUGAGAAUUUUAAUUAACUACCAAAUUGUUGUUGCCUAUAAUGCCAAAAUCAUGGAGAUACUUUGAAAUGACUUACUAGCAAUGUCAUCCUUAAAAAGGAAAAUGAAUACUACACUGAGAAACAAAAAUGUGGUGGUGUUUGCUGUAAAAUAGAUUCUUUGCUUACAUGUAGAUCAAGAUCUACAUGUAGAUGUAGAUCUUUGCUUACAUGCAAGAGGUCUAGCAAGAUUGGAAUGAUGAAUGCAGUACUCUGGUGUGGCUGCUUUGGUGUGCCACUCACUAAAGCUGUAUUUGUCAUAAGAUGUUCACCCACAGAAAGAAAUAUGGAGUGUAUUCACAUAGUCUAACUGCGCUGACAUCCAACUGCUCGGUUUCCCAGUGCAUGCAAUAACAUCAGUGCUUUGUAUUUGAAGAAGUGUGAUGAUCCGAAGCCAAGUGGAAUGCUUGUGCUCUUCCAGCACUCUCAUUUCAGAAGGCAGGUCAUAGUUUCAUCUCUGAUGAUAGUUUCUUCUGUUCUUGUUCCUGGAGCAGUGUGGAAGCAGGAGGUUGUUCAGGACAAUUAGACCAAAUUUUGUCCAGGUAAGCUCAGUUCUUCAGAGAGAAGGGAAUACAGCUUAUAGCAUUUGAGAGUCUAAAUACUUGAAUCAUAAAUUGGUUUUUUAUUUUUACAGCUUGUAUUUGCAAUAGGUAAACCUGAAAAUUAUAUUUCUUACUGGUCAAAUAUUCUGCUUGUAUAAAAGCCAUGGAGUUUGACAGGUGCACUGUUUAGUGGGUUAAGAACUGGCUGGACAGUGGGGCCCAGAGAACGGUGAUGAAUAGUGGUUGACAGCAGGCUGAACAUGAGCCAGCAGUGUGCUCAGGUGGCCAAGAGGGCCAAUGGCAUCCUGGCCUGUAUCAGGAACAGUGUGGCCAGCAGGACAAGGGAGGGGAUUCUUCUCCUGUACUCAGCACUGGUUAGGCUGCACCUCAAGUACUGUGUCCAGUUCUGGGCCCCUCAGUUCAGGAAGGAUGUUGAGGUGCUGGAGAGUGUCCAAAGAAGGGCAAUGAGGCGGGUGAAGAGUCUGGAGGACAAUUCCUAUGAGGAGUGGCUGAGGGAGCUUUUGUUUAGCCUGGAGAGGAGGAGGCUCAGGGGAGACCUCAUCACUCUCUACAGCCAUCUGAAAGGAGGUUGCAGCCAGGUGUGUGUUGUUCUGUUCUCCCAGGCAACCAGCGACAGGACAAGAGAGCACAGUUUUAAGCUGCUCCAGGGGAGUUUAGGUUGGACAUUAGGGAGAAGUUCUUCACAGAAAGAGCAAUUGGGCAUUGGAAUGGGCUGCCUAGGGAGGUGGUAGAGUCACCAUCCCUGGAGGUCUUUAAGAAAAGACUGGAUAUGGCACUUAAUGCCGUGGUCUAGUUGACAAGGUGGUGUUAGGUGACAGAUUGGACUAAAUGAUCUUUUCCAACCUAGUUGAUUCUGUGAUUCUGUGAUUCUGAGCUGUGCUCAAAAUGAAGCGGUGACUCUUCUUAUCAACAGCUUUCUGUGGAAAUACUUGAUUUAGACUCAGCCUGUGCUAUACAUCCUGAACUACCCUUGCAUAAAAGCAAGUGGUACCCAGAUUGCAAAACUGAAAUGAGAACCUCUUGGAGAUGUGUCUCUGGAUAGUCUUGUGUGGUAGUGGCGGCUCCUCUCAUGACUUGAUAAGAUUUCAGUGUAACUCUGCUUCAUGAGCUUGUGAAUCUACAACUGCUGAAUGUUUUACUGUCAGCUCUUACUUAGGAUGUUUUGUGGGUUGUUUUGGGGUUUGGUUUUUUUGUUUGUUUGUGGGGUUUUUUUCCCCAAUAAGUACUACAGAUGUGAUUCUUUUAUUAAAAAUAAUAAAACUUGCAAUUUUAA